UCACGACAGCAUUGGCGCGCUCACGAGGCGGAGUUUCUGGAGUUGGCUGUGUCGGAGUCUGCGCUUCGUCGGCUCGGUGGUCCACUGUUCGCUGUUUUCUCUCAAAGAACCCAACCAAACCGCAACUUCCGCGUCGGGCUAAACCCCCGAAGAGGUGUGCGAGCAUGUGAAAUGUCGACUUAGCGAAGGAAGAUGUUCUCAUUUGGGAAAAGAGCCCCGAAGAAGUUGCUGUGGCAGAUCUGCGGACUGCUUUGGUGGUCGCUCCUGCUCGAGCUAGCGUCGGGAGCGUCCUUUUAUGGUGAUGGAUUUGUACAGCUGAAGGCAACAGAGUCGUCCGACCAUAACAAACUCCGCAUUCGCUUCCGAACGUCCAGUACCAAUGGCCUGCUGUUUCUCGCCGCCGGCCAGAGCGUCUACUUUCUGUUAGAGCUUAACGCCGGCCGCCUGCAGCUGAAACUGGACUUGGGAUCUGGGGAGCAACUAUUACAAUCCGAGAGAGGAACACAGCUCAAUGACCUUGCCUGGCAUUCGGUGGAGGUCAUCCAUUUCAAGCGCAAUGUCACUCUGACAGUAGACAAGAACUCCCACACAAGUGCAAAGAUCCUUGGCCACCAUCAUGUUCUCAACAUCUUAGAUGGUGUCUAUGUGGGAGGUUCAGUUGGCCUUGACAGACUUUACCUCCCCAGAGAACCGAUUGGCUUUCGAGGUUGCAUGGAGGACGUCAUAUUCAAUGAACAUGACUUGCUCUCAUCGCUGAGACCAUACACUGGUUUUAAGACUGUCCAUGAGGUGUCUCUAGGUUGUAGUCCCCAGUUUUUUGCCACUGAAGAUGACCCCAUUAGCUUCUUUAGCUCUAGGGCUUACAUUUCUCUUCCCCACUGGAAUGGCCAGCAAGAAGCUGUGUUUGAGUGUGUUGUGCAUACUUCAGCCAGAGAGGGUAUAGUCCUGUACAAUUCUGCCAAAGAGGGGGACUUUGUGGCAUUAGAAAUUCAAGAAGGCUUGCUUGUGGCUAUCGUUCGGAAAGGUGGUAGCAAAACGGAGCUUCGUUCUCUUACAUUCAUCAAUGACAGGAAAUGGCAUGCUAUCAAAAUGCACUUAAAUUCUAGAACGCUUGAACUAAUUGUUGAUGGUGAAAUGGUAAAAAGCAGCAUUGGCUCCCGCUCAAAAGGGCUACAGUUUAAACGCUACGUUUUUAUUGGAGGCAUCGAUGACAGCACCAGAUCAGAAGUCAGAAAGGUUAAAUUGAUGUCUGUGUCAGGAAAACGAAUGCAUGGAGGCUCCUUCAAAGGAUGUAUGAAGAAUAUUGAAGUGAACAGAGUGAAGAUGCGGCUUGCCAAUGCAGUUGUCUCAAAGGAUAUCUCAGUUGGCUGUGAACCUGAGAAAGAACCAGUGUCAUCGACCACUAUGAGUCCAACAAGUGCCCCGGAAUCCCUGUUUUUCUUGGUGACGCCAACACCGCCAUUGCACAUGUCAACACUUGCAAGGGGUUUGGACAGAAGGUAUGGCUCUGAUUUUGUGCAGUUAAAACCCCUCGUAGUUGAAGAAGGUGGUCGAGCAUCUCUUGAGGCCAAACACAUCAAGGUACUCUUGGAUUUCAAGACGCUUGGUAUCCGUCAGUCUCAGAUCAUAUUUCAAAUUCAAGAUCAGCCAAUGCAUGGUCAGGUCAGGCUUGAUGUGGACCAAGACCAACCUCAGAAUACCUUCAGCAUGUUGGACCUUUGGCAUGAGCGAGUAAUGUAUAUCCAUGGAGGCUCUGAAGAUCCAGAUGACUUCUUCAUGUUUUCAAUAUCUUCCAGCAGUCGGAAAGAAGUUCCAGAUUAUCUCAUGGCUAACAAAUUAUACCGUUUCAACAUUACGGUAAUACCCACCAAUGAUGCACCUGAAUUGUGUCUCCCCGAAGGAAAUCUUUUUGUCUUAUUGGAAAACUCUAAAAAACGCCUCACUCCAGAUGUUUUGAAGGCCACAGACAUAGACAGCAAUGAUAACAAUCUUGUUUUUACAGUGCUUGGGAACCUGAAUGCAGACGCAGGCUAUUUGGAAAUUGAGGAUAACCAAGGAACAGCGGUGACCUCAUUUUCUCACUCAGACUUGCAAGAACUGAGAGUGUAUUAUUUUCACACAGGAGUUAAAAACUCAAGGAUAGUGCUUCGAGUCAGUGAUGGUGAGAAGGUGAGCAACACUGUGGUUUUAAGGGUGAUGGCUAUAGCACUUGAGUAUAAAAUUGCCAACAACACAGGUCUUAAUAUCAAUCAAGGAGAGACAGCUGCAAUUAGUUCACAACAGUUGUCUGUGGAAACCAAUGCUGUGAGACAAGUAAUUGACAUCCGUUAUGAUGUAAUUGAACAACCACAGUAUGGAGAACUCCAGAGACUUCACUCAAGUGGUGAAUGGAGGCCCACUGACUCGUUUUCUCAAAGGCUUCUAGAAAAAGGACGACUAAGGUAUGUUAGCACAUACCAUGAGAUCCAGACAUCCAAUGCCACUGAUUACUUUAAAUGUAAAGUACAUGUGGCUGCAAGGGCAAUUACAGAAAUACUUUUCCCAAUCACCGUGCAAUGGGUGAGGUACAACUUGGUGAGGAAUGUAAUUAUAACCCUGGAUAAAGUUAGAAAAGUGACACUUGACUCAGAGUAUCUGUUUGCUUCAGCCAAGGGUGUGAUUGUCUCUGAAGAGGAUCUUUAUUUUAGGGUUCUCACCACACCAAAGAAAGGGAAACUGCUACUUGACACGACAGUCUUGAUGAAGAACUCAUCCUUUAGUCAAAAAGAUAUCACAGAUUUAAAAGUACACUAUGAACUAGUUGACCGGCCUCACGAAGACACACAUGACAGAUUCAAGUUUCACUUGUUUUCCAAACAUGCUCAGUCCCAAAACUAUGAUUUUCAGUUUUCAAUUAAAGCUGAUGUUAACAGUGUUUUCGUCAGGAAUGCCGGGCUGGUUCUUCAAGAGGGGGAAAGUAAGUUGAUCACAAAAAAUGAACUGUUUGCAGAAACUUUGCUUACACGGGAUAUGUACUACACUGUAAUAAGCAGUCCCAAACAUGGAAAGCUUGCUCGUAUUACUCAGUCGAAUUCAAAUUCAACCUACAACAACAUCUUAACCUUCAGCAAUCAAGAUCUCUUAGAGGACCGGAUCAUGUACAUCCACGAUGACAGUGAAACAAGUCAGGAUGAAUUCACUUUCAUUGUCUCUACCACCAAAGGUUUCAAAUCUUUCAUUGCAAAUGAUGAAAUUGGGUCCAAAGAAGAAACGUUCAACAUAUCCAUUCAACUUGUAAAUGAUCAAAAACCAGUACGUGUGAUUGAUAAAGUUUUCUAUGUAGUAAAAGAGGGACAAAGGCUGCUUACUGUUGAAGAUUUGCGUUAUCAUGAUCCAGACUCGGAUUUUAACGACGGCCAGUUGAUUUACAUUCGACAUGGAAUCCCCAUGGGAGAUUUGGUGCUGGUGAAUGACACCAAUCAUCGGCUAUUUGAGUUUCGCCAAAAGGAUUUAGAAGAAAAGAAAGUAUUGUUCAUUCAUAAAGGUGCAAGCGUCGGUAGAUUUGUGCUCUUUGUCUCUGAUGGCAAAAACUUUGUAUCAAGUCUUUUAGACAUAAGUGCACAGGACCCUUUCUUGAAAGUUGUAAAUAACACUGGUUUACUGGUGCAGAAGGGACAGUCCGUUAUCUUUUCCACCACCAAUUUUACUGUCAGAUCCAAUCUGGAUGUUCGAGAUGACCAGCAAAUCACAUUCAAGUUGAAUGACACUCCUAAGUAUGGAAGGCUUUAUCGAGACGAAAUAGUGGUGGAGUCAUUCACACUGUCUGACCUCAAGAACGGAUUAAUCUCUUAUCAACAUGAUGACAGCAAACAUCAGUCAGACCAUUUCAACUUGACAGUAACAGCUAAAGACAUCCACCUUGCAGCAAAGAUCAAUGUAAAGGUUUACCUGGAAAGUCAUCAGAGGCCACCCAUUGUGCAGCAUCACAACAAUCUACUGGUAGAGGAAGGAAAACCAGUCAAGAUUGAUGAGACUAAACUAGAGGUCACGCAUGAGGACAAUGUGCCAUCUGAGAUUGUGUUCACAGUCAAGGCUGGCCCCUAUCAUGGCUUUCUACGACAUUUUGUGGAAGCAGACGGGCAUUAUAUCGGAAGCGAGGAGUCUCCUGUCAAGACAUUUACCCAAAACGACAUUAACAGCGGAAACAUCCAAUACGUGCAGGCGGAGCUCAGCAAAGUAAACGACACCUUCAUCCUGGAAGCCACCAAUGGUGUCACAGACGUCAGCGACAUUAGCAUCUCGGUCGAUAUCAUACCCCGCCGCAUCCCUCUUAAGGUUUCCAAUUUCACAGUGGAUGAGGGCGGCUACAAGGCCUUGACAAAGGAAAUACUUGAAGUCACCAACCGACACUUUGCUGGAAUCAACUUCCUUUUUAAUGUGACGGAGCCCCCACAUCAUGGCCACAUCGAGCACUCUCGACAUCCCGGUGUACCCUUGACAUCUUUCACCAGGAGACAGGUGGAGCAUGACUUCAUCUACUACGUCCACGACAGCAGCGAAACAUUAGCGGACAACUUCACAGUGGUUGCUAACGACACAGGCCUGAGGAAGCAGAGUGAGACUCGCACAGUGUUCGUCCAAGUUACAGCUGUCAACGACGAGCCCCCUGUUAUUACCGCAAAUAGGGUCCUCAGGGUUUGGGUGUCCUCAGUGACAGAGAUUUGCCUGGAGGACUUAAGGGCGCAGGACCUCGACACGUACCCUGAAGAACUCCACUUCAUGGUAACCCCUCCCAGCAACGGACAUCUGGCCCUUAAGAGUGCCCCCAUGACCGCAGUGCUCAACUUCACCCAGGCCCACAUAGACCAGGGACAGCUGCUGUUUGUGCACAAAGGUGCCAUGUCUGGAGGGUUCAACUUCCAAGUCAACGACGGUGUGAACUUCACUCCCAGGCAGAUCUUCAGCAUCACUGCGAGAGCCUUGGUCCUCAAUUUGGUGCUGAAUCGCCCCCUUAAGGUCUUUCCAGGGUCAUCAACAGCAAUUUCAAAUGAGGAAUUGCAAGUAGUGACCAACGAUGUCAGCGGUACUUCUAACCGCACAAUUACAUUUAGUGUAAUUCGACAUCCUAAACUGGGGCGCUUGGUGAGGAAACAGGCUGAAAAUUACUCUGUUGACAUCUCCACCUUCACGCAAGAUAUGGUGGAUCGAAAAGAGGUCGCGUACAUUCAAACCCCCAUUGAGUCAGUGGGUUGGGAGGCCAUGGACUCGCUGACCUUCUCUGUGGCAUCGCCACCUUCGUCUCUGGAGAGUCAGACCUUCAAGAUUGAUAUCUCCUAUGAGAAUACAGGACCUGAACAUAACACAGUCCUUUUGGCAAACACAGGUGCGGAAGUGACAGAAGGAGAAAGCGUCAUUAUUGAUGAGUCCAAGCUUGAUGCCACUAACCUGAUGUCUAAGCUGCCAACGCCUCAGCGGAGCGCCAAUGAAGUCUGGUUCCAGGUGACGUCGUUGCCACAGCAUGGUGUCAUUGUCGUCGGUGAAAGAAACCUCACGAAGGAGAAACCCAACUUCUCUCAAUUCAUUGUCAACAAAUACGGCAUUACCUACAAGCACGACAACUCUGAGACAACCCACGAUUCAUUCGCUUUCAGCGCAUGGGUAAACCCAAAGGGCAAAUCGGCUCAAAGGCCUUUGGAUGACAUUGACGUUAUUGAGGAAUCUUUCAACAUUACAAUCACUGCUGUGAAUGAUCAGCCACCUGUGCUGAAGACUAAAGCACCGAGUCUGACAGUGGUACAAGGAGAUACAAUAGCCAUUCAUCCGGAGAACCUCAAAGUAGAAGAUUUAGACAAUCCCCCUGAUGAUAUUGUCUUCUCUGUGAUUAGCAAGCCAAACAAUGGUUACCUAGCUCUUGACGGAAGAUUGAAUGAGACGAUUGGAGCCUUCACCCAAGCCCAGAUCAAUAAUGGAAGUGUUUAUUUCGUCCAUGACGGUAGCCCUACCUCAGGGGUUUUCUACUUCAGUGUCACGGAUGGCCACCAUAAACCAAUUUACAAACUAUUCAAUUUAGACGUGACAAAAAUUACCAUCUUACUGGUCAACCACACGGGACUGACACUCGAGCAAGGUAGCACUGCAGUCUGGCUGAUCCGAGACAACCUUGCUGCCAAGACGAAUGGCAGGAACGCCACCAUUCACUACCAAAUUACAAGGCCUCCAAUGUUUGGCAAACUUCUGCUGGGCACCCAAGAGGUGUCGCAGUUUGAACAGGAAGAUAUACAGACCGGACAUCUAGCUUACCACAUGACCAAUCUUUCGUCUGCUGAAGACAGCUUCGAGUUCACAGCCUUCACUUCUGAGGCCAAUCUGAGUGCACAAGUGCUAAACAUCACUGUCACUCCUCUGAUCCGGCUUGGCAAAAGUGCGAGGGCACCCAGUGGAAUUGUCGUAAAACUCAACUCCGCUUCACUCGAUGUUUCUAAACUGGCAGAUAUUUGUAGUUGUGACCCUGUGUUUGAAAUUUUGUCACACCCCAAUUUCGGCAAAGUGGUCCGGCCAAAGACUAAAAAGUGGCGUAAAUCUGAAGCAGUUGAGUCUUUCACUUUCCAGGAUAUUACACAAGAGAAAGUAGCCUUGGAGUUGAAUGCCAACAUGACAGAAGUUCAAGAAUUAAACGACUCACUGGUGUUUUUACUGAAAGCUGAUAACAUCCAACCUGCUAAAGGAGAGUUCCAUUUUACCAUUGUACCGUAUGAUCCUGCGGUUGGCCAAACCACAAAAAAUCCUGUGGUAACAACAUCUUUUCCCCCUCAGACAACAAUCCAGACUCCUAGAAAUGGAAGUGCUUCACCAGAGCGCUCCACAGCUGUCACAUAUACCCAGCAGCCAAGCAAAAAUCAACAAAGGUUCAAAGGACGUAACCGCUGGGGGAAGUCCAAUAGAACAAGCCAUUUCAGCACAACUCUUGGUAAACCCACAGGAGGAACCGAUAAUUUCCCCUUCAUAAACACACCCGUUCGUGUGGAAUCCUACCCGCAAAAAAGCUCCAACCCUCUUCUGGUUAUCUUACCACUGCUCGCUCUGCUGCUGCUUGUGAUCAUCUUUGUGGUGCUCGUUGUUUUCCUUCGACACCACCGGCGGCGGAAGCGGAGGACCGACACGCCAAAGGAGCCCCCUCCUGCCGCUCUUCCAAGCAGCCAGUCACAUCAGGGCCAGACCCAAAGGAGCACCACUGUUCCCACAGUCACUGUCACCCCAUUAAACCCCACCAGCACAGGUAGUCCCACUCUCAGUCACUUACUGCUACGGAACCAGCGACUGUACAAUUAUAACACCGUUGAUUCAAACAUUCUUGUCAGUUCCUGGAGUAGUGAUUCUCCCUCUGCGUCGUCGCAGAUGAUCCAGACUGCCACUCCUUCCCUUCAGAGGAAUCAGUAUUGGGUUUGAACACAUUUAGAAGCAGGGAAUUGUCCAAAAUGUCUGGGUAAGAUGACGAUUCAAGAGCAACUAAGGGUUGUAGAUCGUUUUUAUUUUUUUUAUUAAGCGAUAUAGCCCAAGACUUUGCCUAUAUCGAGUAUGUCAAGGUAGUGACACUGGUAUUGAUCACUAAAGCCUGUUCAACACUAAGAUUCUGGGCACUUCAGACACAAAAUGUGAAAUCGUGGGAAAAAUCGUCCAUUAUAGCUCAAAAAACAGCGAUCGUACAUUUCGCAGUGAGACGGGAACAACAAAUGAAAGCUCGAACCAUUGUGCGUUAAAGACAGGCUGUCACAGAAUUGUAGAAAAGUCAAGUUGGCUGGAGAUCGAGGCACUUUGGUCAUUCUAGAUGGCUAAAUGUAUAUCGUCGCUGUCGGGCGGAAUCCUCCCAUUUCCAAAAUUGUUACUUUUCAGGGGGGGGGUGAAACGCCAUCUUAACCGGCCUUCCCAGUUAACGUGGAUAUUUAACUUUUAAAGCCGUCAAUGGCAGUGAAUGUUUGUUUAUUGAGUUACCAAACACUCCAUCGUUCAGGUUGGAAUUAUACCUUAUAGUGCUAUCAUAUACUGUUGCACACCAACAAUAAAACCACCCCUAAAUCAUGUUCAAUCCCUAAUUUAAUUUGCAAAAUUAUUCUCUAAUUUAUUAAACUGUCAUUGAUUACAAUGGUACAGACCCACCGCCGGUGCCAGCUGUGCACAUUAAAGUCUGCGCUCGCGCCGACACUCCGACAACGCGAAAAGGCUUUAUUAAAAACAAAUGUUUUUGCACAAAUGCUUAAUGUCUAAUUGCUAUAAAGGAAAUUGCUUUGAGCAUUACGAAGCAACAAGUGAUGCAACAAGCUUUACUUUGAGCUUACUUGUGAAAGGAUCUCGAUCAUUCGUCGUAUCAGUUGACCAUGCUUGUAACGCUCAUUAAGGCAAGUCCUCCAACGAUACCUACAGAGGAGAUAAAAAGUCUACACAGCCCUGUUCAAAUGCCAGGUUUUUGUGGCCUUAGUCAAGGUGAAUGGAAUUAUGAACAGUUCCAAAUAACAGUCAGUUUUAGCACAACAAUGUCAGGCUUCUACGAGAAAGCAAAAAUGAAAAGCCUACUACAACAUUUGAACUUUAUUUGGAGUUAAUCCGAGCCACUUUAAAUAGUGUGCCAAAUGCUGACUCCCAUUAAAUGAGUAUGACUGUGAUUGGUUAAUUCUGAACACAGCCACAUCCCCAGUUAUUAUAGGAUGUGCAUACGUGUGGAACCACAAUCUCAGUUGUUUGUUUUUACUUUCACGCUUGAAAAGAUUUCAUUAUUUUUUCAAUUGAGUUUUACAGGUUAUAGGUCAUAUUAAUGGUGUAAAAUGUUUUUAAAAGAUGUAUCUUGGUCUCAUUUUUUUAAGAAUACAAAAACCUGGGUGUGUAGACUUUUUAUAUCCACUGUAUCUGUAAUGGUAGGAGAAGAUCCAAACCAAAUAGACAAGAGAUAGAUGAGAUGAUUUAUUUUCUCGAUGCAAAUAUCUGCUAACUGCAUCCUGGUAUCCCACAUUUGAGUCAAAAUCUGACCUUAGAAAAGCAUUUUGUUGACACGCCGCCUUUAGUGGACUACGUAGCAGUUUGUGGUACAAGAAUGAGAAAAUGUUGGCUGCCUCUGGGCAACUUUAAGACAGUCAUCAGUGAAAAUCCAAAAUCCACUACUGUCCUGCUGUUUUAUGGUACUGCCUCCUGUUAGGACCACCAGUGGGUAUCGUUGUUGCUACUAAAAGCAAAAUUGUUCAAUGAUUUAAAAAAAAUAAAUAAAUAAAUUGCUAUCACUUGAGCCACUUAACACUUAUUACCUUGGCAAAUAAGUUUCUGACAUUGAUGCCGGUGCUGUCCAAUCAUAUCAUCACAUAUUUUAAAUUAGUUACUGAUUACAGUACAUUUUUUUCUCAACUCAGGUUUGUUUGUUUUGCGUGUGUGUGUGUGUGUGUGUGUGUGUGUGUUGCUACGGGACUGCCAUUAAAUUCCAUGUUUAUAGGCCCGGUCACUGAUUAAAAAGUCAAGAGUGUUCAUUUAAUAUGCAUAUUUUACUGCAUAAUAUUGUUAUUACCACUAGCAUGCAUGCACAACAAAUGCAACUGAAAAAGUGAACCCACUGUAUAAUGCUUGCUCUCUUUUUCUGAUGGGAAUGCAUCAUUAACAUUUAUUGUCGUCAGGACUCAAUGAGAGUCCAUUUAAGCAAAGAAGAUGAUGCUGGAAUGAAAUGUAUUUUAGUAUUUUAUGAUUUUGGAUGUUAGAAAGAAAAGCUGCUGUCAACAGAAGGUACUGAAAAACCACUGGAAAAUUGUUUUAUUUUAUACUGGACUGAUUUCAAAUAAUUUACCCGGUGUAUUCUGACAUCACCUACAUGAUGUACAAUGCCAUACUUUAUUUAUACCAUAUUUUUAUUAAAUCACUUUAAAUUGUA